AUGAAGGGCAAGGAAGAGGUCAUCUCCGAGUUCAACGAGUACGUCAACAUGACGGCCGAGGAGCUGGAGUCGUGGCUCAAGUCAGGCGACUCGAACAGCGCUGGCUGGCCCAAGGACGACGCGGAGGGCGACGGGGAGACAGUCGGACAUGACAGCGGGCGCAAUAUUGUGGAGAUCCUGAAGGCCAACCCGGACAAGAAGGAGGAAGAGUACACGGACGACCAGGUUGAGCACAUGCGCAAGGUCGUUGCGUACUGCAAGCGCCACCUGGCCCAAGAGGCGAAGGGCAACAGCGAAAAGUCACCCGAGGAGGUGAAGAAGACCAAGUCGUACGCGUCACUAAAGAACUGGGGCCACGACUUCCUCAAGGCUCAAGGCAAGGAGGGCAGCGAGCAGAACGGCAAGUCUGCGAAGAACAAGAACGGUGACGGGGAGAAGGCCGAGUCCAACGGGUCCAAGAAGGACGAAUCCAAUGGAUCCAAGAAGGAGAAGAAUGGUAGCAAGAAAGAAGAUGAUGAGGAAGAAGAGGAGGAGGAGGCUGAGAAGGCCAACGAGGGCAAGGAGGAGGAAGAGGAGGGCGUUGAUGAUGAGAAGACUGGCGACAAGCGCAAGAAGUCCGAUGAGGAGAACGGAUCCAACAAGAAGCGACAGACCCGCCAAGGCGAGGGGAAGGCCACCAAGAAAGCCGAGGGCGGAGAGGAUGAGAAGGAGGAGGAAGAGGCCGAGGAUGACGGCGACGAGGAGAUGGAGGAUGACGAGGAGGAGGGAGAUAACAAGGAGAACGGCAGCAGCAAGAAGACCAAGAAGGGGCCUAAGAAGGGCGACAAGGUCAGCUGGCAAUGGGGCAAUGGUAACCCGGAGGGCAAAGUCCUCGACGUCAAGGAGGAGAAGACUACUAUCGAGACGAAAAACGGAAACGAGGUGUCGCGUGACGGUAAUCCCGACGACCCGGCCGUGGUGUUGGAUACUGGAAAGUCAAAGGCGAUCAAGUCGAACCAUGAGUUGAACUGA